CCAAUCAUCCACAUUUCCACCCACUCAAACAAAAUUUCCAAUUUUUUCCUUGAAAACCCACAAGCCAUUUUGGAUCCAGAAGAGAAAUCUGAAAUCAAUUUAAAAAUGGGGAGCACAAGUGCAAGUGCUGCUCUCAUCCAUAAUCUUCACCUCAACAGCUCAAAUUACUUCAGAUGUUUAAAUUAUUCAAAUAAAAUAUCAAGAACAUCUUUGCUUGUUACUAACCAAAGAAGAGCAUCCAAGUUGAAAUUUUUUAGUAGAAAAGAGUGCAAGAAAUUCAGCAGAGUUGUUUGCUGUGCUGUUGAAGAAGAUGUCGAUGAAAAGCAACAAGAAGAAGAAUUCAAGAGUGCUGUUGGUUCUGCUGUAGAAGAAAAGCCUGAUGUUGCUAGUGGCUCAGGAGAAAAUUUAUUUCAGAAUGACGAAGCUGGUGAUGAAGGAAGUGCUCUUUACAAUUUUCUUUAUCCAAGUAAAGAACUCCUCCCAGAUGAUAAAGAAAUGAGUGUAUUUGAUCAUUUGGAGGAACUGCGUGGGAGAAUAUUUGUGUCAGUAUCGGCGGUAGGAGCUGCUGUCUUAGGAUGUUUUGCUUAUUCAAAGGAACUCAUAAUGCUUCUUGAAGCUCCUGUUAGAUCACAGGGUGUUCGGUUUCUACAAUUAGGUCCUGGCGAAUUCUUCUUCACUACAUUAAAGGUAUCAGGGUAUUGUGGCAUUGUCUUAGGAAGCCCUGUAAUUCUCUAUGAGAUCAUUGCCUUCAUUCUUCCAGGCCUAACACGGGCUGAAAGAAGAUUUCUAGGCCCAAUUGUCCUUGGAUCAUCAGUUCUAUUCUAUUCUGGCAUUGCCUUCUCCUACUUCGUUCUCACUCCAGCGGCCUUGAAUUUCUUUAUUAAUUAUGCUGAAGGAGUUGUAGAAUCACUAUGGUCUAUUGAUCAGUACUUUGAAUUUGUGCUUGUGCUCAUGUUCAGCACGGGGUUGUCAUUCCAGGUUCCGGUUAUACAACUGUUACUGGGACAGGUUGGUUUAGUAUCAGGAGAUCAAAUGCUAUCAAUCUGGAGAUACGUCGUGGUAGGAGCUGUAGUUGCAGCUGCUGUACUAACACCUUCUACAGAUCCACUAACUCAACUACUUCUGGCCGGCCCCCUUUUGGGCCUUUAUCUGGGUGGUGCAUGGAUGGUAAAGCUUACAGGGAAAUAACUUAAACCUCAGGCAGUAAUGGAUGAGUUCCAUAAGCUUCAGCAAAUACUACCAGAUCUUAAAGCUCAUAAUCACAGCCUUCAUGUUGUGCAUCACUAGAUAUGUACUGCAAAUUCUGUUUUGUCUGGGUAGGGAUACAUGUCAUAGAGUUGCUUUCUAGUGUCUAUUAUGUGAGUUAAGGUGAUGAUUAUACCCCAAAAAGAAAAAAAUGGAAGCCUAAAUCUUUGCUUUCUUGUAGAAGAUUCUUGUAGUAGAUGUUCAUAUGGAGUCUAUUUUAAGUGUUUUGAUCCCAAUGUAAAUGACAUAUUGUAGCUUCAAAACUUGGCCUGGACGAUGGUAGUGCAAAUUGGAUCCUGGAUGAACAAAACUCAAAAAUGAAAUGUGGUUUAUGAAAUGUUUUAUAUUUUAUA